AUGUAAAAUGUUAAAUAAAUGAGAGAAAAAUAUGAGAAUAUCAAAUAACACAAUCCUAAUAGAAAUGUUAGUGCAAGAUCAUUUCAUAGUCAAACACCUUCAAAAGAAUAAUACCAAGUUGCUUUUUCAAGCAGCUAAAAAUCAUAAUAAAAACAAAUUAUAUAGAUUGGAAAAACUUUAUUAUGUAGUCCUUGUUAUAAUAAAAGAUUAUUAAAUAAAUAAUAAUUGAAUAAAAAGUAAGAAUUUGAAUUAGAGAAAGUAAAUUUACUAUUAUAUCAUAGAGGUUGUUGAUGAAGUAAAUGGAAUAAAAUUAAUUACUUGAAUAAUAAAAAAUAAACUUUGAAGUUGGACAAUUAUCUUAUAGAAAGCAAUAGGAAUAAUAAAAUCUAGUUAUUUCAAAAUAUUUAAAGGAUUAAUAAAGAGAAAGAGAUAGACAAAUUAAGGAGUAAGAAAUAUAAUAAUAAAAUUUAAUUAUAAAAUAAAAUUAAGAAAUAUUAUUAAAAGAAAAAUUUGAAAAAAAAAAAAAAUAGAAUAGUUUACAUUAAGAACUUGCAAGCUAAGUUGAAUAACAAAAAAGAUUUAAAAAGUUAGAUUAAAUGUCCUAAUCUAUGGAAUUUGAUGAUCCUUAUUGGAGAUAUCAAGCAUAAGAAGAGAAAGAAAUACAAAGAAGAAAAAAUUAUCAAAUGUUUUAUAACAAUAAUAAUUGGCAAAAUCAUGAAAAAGAAUAAAUAAAGAAAAAAUAACAAGAAAGAGAUGUUAAAAAUAAAGAAAUUGAUUAAAGAAUUAAGACUUUAUAGGAUUAUCAUAAUUAAUUAGAAUAAGAAAAAUAAGAGAAAUAAUAAAUAUAACAUUAACUCAUACUAGACUUAAAUGCUUAAGUAAAACUUAAAAAAACAAAAUAAGAAGCUAUCAAAUUAAUUGAAUAAUAAAAAUAACGUUAAAGAGAUCAAGAAGUUAUUUAAUUAGAAAAACAAAGAUAAAACUAAGAAAUUUGUAAUAAAAAGAAAGUAAAUUAAGAAAUAAUAGAUGGCCUUAAUUAAUAAAUUGAAAUGUAAAAAUAAUAAAAUACAAAAUAAUAACCAGAAUAAAUUUAAAGUGAUUUUUACAUUUUAAAACCAGUUGUAGAAAAGUAAACUAUAUCUUGUGCUGAUUGCAAGAAAUAGUAGGUUCCACACUAAUUAAGUUAUGCUUGA